GUGAGUACCUAUCCACGUCAGCUGGCUAUCUGGGUUUGGGCUGAGGUCGAGUGUUGUUAACUUGGGUGCGUGUGCGCAGCUACGUUUGGAGGAAUUAGCUGUAUGCGUGCGUAGGGUAGGGGGAGGGGGAGGGGCAGGUGGUCGAACUGUGAGAGGUACUGGAUGGAGAACUCUGUCCCACAACCACCUCCUCAAGUUCAACCGCCUGCGCCUCCUUUCCAAACAACAGCGGCUCCAACUUUUCCUCUGUUCAAUCCUCAUGGUGGUUUCUACCAGCAACCUUUCCCUGCUGUUGCACCUCCUUUCGCGUUUGCUCCAAUAGGACAGAGCGUGGCGCCCGCUCCAGUGCAAGGGCCAUGGACGUAUACAGGACCCAGUGCUGCGCCAACGCAAGGGGGUGGACAGUAUAAUGCCGACUACGGGAGAGGUAAUGGUAGCUUCCAGUCCCGUGCUUUCUUUACUCGUGAACAUGCAGAUUUCAUAGAGAAAUUGAAGCUAAAGGAUGCGGUGGAGGAGGCGCGAAAGAAAGAUCGGGAGGAUAUUAUGAGAUUGAGAGGGUUUGGCUGGGAGAUUGAGAAACCCGGGGAAAAAGAAAAAUGGAGAGAAAGAGAAUCUGAGUCGGAAAAAGCCAAGGUUGAGAAUAGAGGGAAGAGCAAGAAGCAUGUCGGGAAGGACAAAGGAAAAGGGAAAGUAAUGGAUAAUGCAAAGGAGGACGAGAUGAAAAAAUGGGUGGCUUCGAAUUUUGGGGGAUCUUUGAGGAUGUUGUCAGAAAAAAUGGAGGAAGUCGAGAGGAAUUCUAAAUUGAAGGAGGCUGAACUAGAGGAACUGAAACUACUGAGGGUCGAGAAGGAGCUGAGGGAACUGAGGGAAAACUCGAGCUCAGAAAAAAGGAAGAGGGAUACUAUGUCCCCUGCGAAACCUGGGAAAGGGAAGGUGAGAUCCCGCUCAUGUCUUUUGAAAAAAGGGGGGAGGGGCAAGAGUACGAAGUCAGUGGAGGUCUCCUCAGACGAGGAUGGCAAAGAGAAGGAUGAUGUCGUGCAGAAUUUAAGUAGAACAAUGGAGGGGUCAAUGUCAAGGAAUAAGGAGGUAUCCGAACUGAGGGACUUGAUAAAGGAAUUAUUGGCAGCAAAAGGACGGGAUGCUAGUAGCAGUAAUACGGGUGGAGAGCCGGAAGUGGGGAACGCAGUAGUAGGAAGAGGGCAGGGUGAACAGAAUGGGAAGAAAGUGGACUCUGACGAAAAAUUGGGAACCAAUGAAAAGAGGAAGGAUAAGGAAGAAGGCUCGCUGGGAUUAUAUUUCAAGGACCGGAUCAUCUACUACGAUGCUAUGCACUAUACGGAGGUGCAGGAGCUGUGUAAGAAGAAGGGCAUUCCAUACAAACGGAAGGAGGCCGGGGUAUGGGAGUUGGCUAGAUUGGACUUCGAGGUGCUACUGAAGUUGGAUGCUCCGGAUGAGAAGGACGAAGAGAGUGAAGAAAGGAAGAGUGAAGAAGAGGUAGAGAAUUCCGAGAGUAACUCCUGUUCUGAAGAAGAAACCCAGCAAGACGACAUAGCGGGAAACUGAGUGACAUGAGCAAACGGUCUCUGUUGAGAGCUUACAAGAGAC